GCUUGCGGUGAAAUAGUGAAAAAAAAUCGACGCGGUUUCAGAGCGACGCGAUUUUUCGGAAAAUUUCGGCCAAAAUUGGCUUAGUUUGAUCCAUAAUGUCGGUUCCGCCGGUUGCCGGCAUGCAGCCCUUUCCGGCGAUGGUACCCUUUAGUGUUCCACCUCCCGGAUUCGGUGCUCCUGUUGGUGCCACGACUGCUACUGCAGCAGAUCCUUCAACCAUUCCGAUGAUCCCGCUGGUUGGUGGGUCGCUGAUGAGUGAGUGGACCGAACACAAGGCACCCGACGGGCGAAUUUACUACUACAACAGUGUCACCAAGCAGAGCCUGUGGGAGAAGCCGGACGAGCUGAAAUCUCCGAAUGAGAAACUACUUUCACAGUGUCCCUGGAAGGAGUACCGGUCGGAUCAAGGUAAAGUGUACUAUCACAACAUCAACACCAAGGAAUCCCAAUGGGUAGCACCGCCGGAGUAUUUGGAAUUGAAGGAAAAAGUUGACGCGGAGAAGGUGGCAGCUGAUGCGGCGAAAGCAGCUGCCCUGAAGACUGUUGCCGCGGCGGGUGGAAUACCGAUGAUGAUACCUCCGGUAGUGAUGCCGGUCAUGUCCCCUGCGAUAGCGGCCAGUGAAUCACUUACUUCAAUAACAUCGCUAGCCGGAGUCACUCCCGGUUCGGCGGAAAAUUCAUCGUCCGCUUUGGAUCAGGCGAUGGCUGCAACGUUAGCAGCUAUCGAAGUUCCCGAAGAUCCGGAACCGAAGAAGGAGGAAGAGGAGGAAGAAAAACCACCAGUGGAGGAGGAACCCGUAAUCGAGUUUAAAGAUAAGAAAGAGGCCAUUGAAGCGUUCAAGGAAUUCCUGAAGGAAAAGAACAUCCCAUCCAGUGCGAACUGGGAACAGUGUGUGAAGAUUGUUCAGAAGGAUCCCAAGUUUAACGUGUUCAAGAAGCUGCAGGAAAAGAAACAAGCAUUUAAUGCGUACAAAACGCAAAAACAGAAGGACGAAAAGGAGGAGCAACGCCUAAAGGUUAAAAAGUCCAAAGAGGAACUGGAGAAGUUCCUCAUGUCGUCGGAUAAAAUGAACUCCACCUUGAAGUACUAUCGUUGUGACGAAAUGUUCGCCAAUUUGGAUGUUUGGAAGACGGUUCCGGAGCAGGAUCGUCGGGACAUUUACGAGGAUUGUAUAUUCAACCUGUCGAAACGGGAAAAGGAAGAGGCGAGAGUUCUCAAGAAACGAAACAUGCGUGUUCUUGGGGAACUUUUGGAAGCGAUGACCACGGUCACUUAUCAAACGACAUGGUCCGAGGCGCAAGUGAUGCUUCUAGAGAAUAGCUCGUUUAAGAACGAUGUGAAUUUGCUGGGCAUGGACAAGGAAGACGCGUUGAUAGUAUUUGAAGAGCACAUUCGUACCUUGGAACGUGAGGAGGACGAAGAGAAGGAGCGUGAAAAGAAGCGCAUGAAACGGCAACAGCGUAAGAAUCGGGAUCAAUUCCUUGCUCUGUUGGACACUUUGCACGAAGAAGGCAAACUUACAUCGAUGUCGCUUUGGGUCGAGCUUUACCCCAUCAUCUCAGCAGAUUUGCGUUUCUCCGCCAUGCUCGGACAGAUAGGUUCUACUCCGUUGGAUCUUUUCAAAUUUUACGUGGAAAAUCUGAAAGCACGCUUCCACGAUGAGAAGAAAAUAAUCAAAGAAAUUCUUAAGGAGAAAGAAUUUGUGGUUCAGUCGAUAACGACUUUCGAGGAUUUCGCUACGGUGGUAUGCGAGGACAAGCGAUCUGCCACUUUAGAUGCCGGUAACGUCAAGCUGACCUACAACUCCCUGCUGGAGAAAGCGGAAGCAGCCGAGAAGGAGCGGCUGAAGGAAGAAACUCGUCGCAUUCGGAAGAUGGAGAACGAGCUAAAGGGAGUUUGGAUUGAAGCUGGCCUCUCAGCGGUCGACAGCUGGGAGACGGCUCAGAAGUUGGUCAUCGAUCUAGAGGUAUUCGAUUUGUACGAGAAGGAAGACAAGGUAGAACGAUUGUGGGAGGAGUUCAUUAAGGAGGCGGAAGACUCUUGCAGUCAUCACCAUUCGCGUUCGAAAAAAUCCAAGAAGAACCGGAAGCACAAAAAGAAGUCCCGCUCGUCAUCGAAAUCGGAAUCCGAAGCAUCGGAACCGGAGUACGAGAAACCCUCUAAGAAGAAGCGCAAGUCCCGAUCCCGGUCACGCUCCAAGUCCUCGGAAUCCGAAAGCGACGAACAAAGCGAACGCGAACGGAAGCGCAAGAAGAAAAAGAAGCACCGGAAGCAUUCGCGGUCUCCGUCGUACGACGAGAAUGCCGCUCUGGAGACGAAGAACGGUGGUGGUGGCUCUCCUUCGCGAUCUCCUUCGCCGGAAGUCGAGCGGAAGAAGAAAAAGAAAGACAAAAAGAAGAAGGACAAGCGUCGUUCCCGCUCGGUUAGCAGCGGUAAGCAUCGAUCGCCGGAGAAUGGUGGUUCCGGUCGCAAUGGGGGUGGCUCACCCAAAAUUUCCGACGAUGCUGCCCUGUCCGAGUCGGAGCUGGAAUCGCAACGGGCUGCCCUGCUCGCACAGCUGAACGAACAGAUGGACGAGUGAUCCCUGUUGAAUCCGGUCGGUGUGCAGCUGGCCGGAAGUGGCAGAGGACGAAAGUAAUAAUUUAAUUGUAUCAUUCGUGUGGAGUUCAGAAUGUGCUGCUGUAGCAAACAGUAACAAGUAAGUGUGUCUCUUUGAUCCUAGCCAAUAGAAGGGAAUUGCGAUUAGAAGGAUAUUUUAUCGAUAAGGAA